CAUUUAUAAAUCAGGACAAAAACCCCCAUUACUCAAAACCAUUACACCAGGAGAGGAAAAAAAAAACAAGAAUUAAGAACAAUUUUUUUGCUCCAAGAAUCAUCAUGAAUAGAAACAAAAUCUUAUUAUUUUUUUGGUAUAGUUUGGGAACAUUAUUCUCGUUCAAUUAUGUUUGUGUUGAUAGCUUUGUUGGCCUUAACUGGGGUAGAAUGGCUACACAAAAAUUGGUACCAUCAAUGGUGGUAGAUUUGCUUUUACAAAAUGGGAUACCUGAAUUGAAAUUAUUUAGCCCUAGUCAAUACGUUCUUCCGGCCUUCGCUAACAGCAGUAUUGGUGUCUCAGUUGCGUUCCAAGAAAACCAACUACGAUGGAUGAAUAACUCCAAGGAUAUUCACGAUUGGAUCGAAAAAUACGUCAAAAGACAUGUUGAUCAUGGAGUUGAUAUCAGGUAUCUUUACGUAGGAAAUGAACCAUUCAGCAGAAAAUACAAGCAACGAACCUUUGGUGAUGUCCUAUACUUUUUGGGAGAAGCUCGAAAAUCCCUCGAUCGUCACAAUCUCACCCAUAUCAAAACUACAACAGCACACUUCACUGACAUAUUAACAAAUGUGACAAAACCAUCAGAAGGUGAUUUCAGAGAAGAUAUAAAGGAAUUAAUGAUUAAUCUCUUAAAAUUCCUCAAAGAAACAAAGGCCCCUUUGGUUAUCAACAUCUUCCCAAUUUACUUAGUCGGCUCUAAGCAAAUGCCGAUAGAUUUUGCAUUUUUUGACGAACGCUCUAAUUACACUAUCAAAGACGGUCCACAUAUUUACAAAAAUAUUUUCACUCUCACAUAUGAUACCUUGGUUUCAGCACUAAGAAAAGCAGGGUAUCCGGAUAUGCAAAUUAUCAUAGGACAAAUUGGCUGGCCAACGGACGGUUACCCAAAUGCAAAUCCAAAAAAUGCAGAAAGAUUUCAUCGUGGCCUACUUCGAUAUCUUAAAAGAAACGAAGGUACCCCUUUACAUCCAAACAAGACAAUGGACGUAUACAUCACAGGGUUAUCCGAUGAGAACAAGAUUAUAACAGAAUGGGGCGAAUAUCAACGCCAUUGGGGUAUUUAUAGACACGACGGAUCACCUAAAUACAAGAUCGAUUUCUCCAUGCAAGAUCGCAACAGUGAACCAACUACGGCUAAAGGGACAGUGAAAAUGCCAAAUAGAUGGUGUAUGUAUAACGAGAAUAUCUUUAAUGGUAGCAAGGAGAAAGUGAUGGAACACGUUAAUUACGCGUGCAGCAAAUCUGAUUGCACCUUAUUGUCACCCGGAGCUACAUGCGAUAACCUUAACUUCACUUGGAACGCGUCGUUCGCGUUCAAUAUGUAUUUCCAGAUGAAUGGUCAAAAGAUCAACUAUUGUGAUUUCAAUGGCUAUGGUUAUAUUACCACAAAUGAUCCUUCUACAGCAACUUGUAGAUUCCCCAUUGAGAUAUUAUCCGUCGAGCUUAUUGAUAAUGGUGUGAUACACCAAUUGGUGGCUAGUUCUGGAGAGAUAUCCAAAGUAGUUUCAAACCCUACCAUUUUACCAAUUGGGUUGGCUUUGUCUGCAUUAGUAUGUAUGAUUUUAUUGCUUUGCGUACUUAUGUGGUUGCCCGGAUAGGGGUUCGGCCGAACCUAGUAGUUUUUGCUCAAACAGUGUAUUUGUGUUAAGAAAUUCAUUAAAUAUGUGCAAAUAUAAUAGUAUUAGAUUUAGUUUAUUAUCACUUGAAGUCAUCAUUCUACAAUUCAGAACCCAUAAAGUUGAAAUUCUAGUUCCGCCUCUGCCUUCUUUUGAAAAGGUUUUCUUCCAAAUGAUUGAAAGAAGUUUCUUUUUGAAUGAUCUUGGUAAAAAAAAAAUGUGCAGAGUGAAUGUGUUCAUCUUAAUUACCUUAUUGUAUGUUUACAAGCCUUGGAGUGUCACUGAUUUAAUUUUGGGAUUUAAUUCACAAAAAACAGUGUCACUGACUUAAUUUGGGAUUUAAAUCACAAAAAAACAAAGAUUCUUUCUUCAUCUUCUUGUUAUUAUUAAAUUAAAGAUUAAAAAAGCAAAAUUUUCAACCCUAUUUCUCAAACUAA